CGGCGAGACACCACAGGGAACUGACACAUUGAGUAUGCAAUCGAAAUAAAGAGAGUCCCCUUUAACUGUCCAAUCACAGUGAGGGGGCGGUGCGCUCUCAGUUCGCGGGGAAAACAAGUACGAGGUGCCUACGUUUAGCCAUCUUGUUAUAGUGCCACUUUGUGGCUUUCGGGAAACCAGCUCACUACACUGUUAUGUCCUGCGGUCAAAAUAGCCUGUAUAUAUACAUAUUUGUGAAAUAGCCAUGGUUGACAUACUGAGUGUUGUUUUCCAACGGUUUGGUUCACAGCUACACGCAUCAGAUGAUAUAAAACUCUCUUCUCAGCCUGAGAGCAGCACCCUGGUGGUAGGAGAUGAAAACAUUAAUAGGUCGCUGUUAUUCCUGACCGCUCUAACAGCAGCUUCAGAAAUGGGCUACAAAGUGCUGUUUUUCACACAAAACCAAAUUCAGAGUCUUCCAGUAACUGUGCAGGAUUCAUCCACAUCUCUGAAGCCUGAGAAUCUGAAGAAAAUCAGGUUUGUGUAUCCCAAGACAUUGGAGGAGCUGCUGGAGGAUGUGGCAUCCCUUCAUGAGCUGGUACCUGAGACUGCAACACUUCCUACCUUGCUAAUUGUAGAUGGAGUGGAGCGGUAUGUGUGUGUUCAGGACAGGCCGCAGCAAGAUUCUCAGAGCACGGCUGCUCACAUCGUAGCCCUCCUGCAUGACACGGCUGCUUUCCUCAAGGCCAGAAGUGAGAAAAGACAACAAUCUCCAUGCAGGGUCAUUGUCUCUUAUCAGCCUGAGUGGGAAGGACGAGGAGGCGAUGUGUUUGCCCCGGAUUCCAUCCUCUUAGUCCUGGAGCGCUACCUGCAGGUGAGGUGCAACAUCCACAAAGUAAUAAAUAGCGGAGAAGCACAGAACAAGUGGCUGCUGUACCUCUCGGGUCCAGGACUGCAAGUUGAUUGGUAUGGUAAAGGAGAGAAAUGUCUGGGAUUGCAGUGGCAUGUGGUGAUGCAGUCUAAUGGGGCAUUGGAGUUCACGCCAGAAAGUGCACCAAAAGAGGAGACCUCACAGGUUCAACAUUCUGAUUGUGGAAAUGAAACAUGAUUAGUCACAGUGUUUACGGGAAUUUAUUUUAAUAAAUAUGCUUGAAGAAAAAAAGACUUUUGUGCUGCACACUCAGACACAGUGUAACAAAUAAAUUCUUGUAAAUUGGAAAUAUAAAAUAUACAUUUCCAUGGUUUUACUAACGAAUCAUCCUCUUGUUUUCAGAUAAGGUUUUUAGUCAAUUUGGAUUCAAGUGGUUGUUCAGAAAACACAGGCUACAGCUGGGCGAUAUGAUGUGAUAAAUUAUCUCACAAUGUGCUUUUUCUGAGAUAUGGUGGGUAACGUGAUAUUUCUUUAUGCAUAUACAGUGCUGUGAAAAAGUAUUUGCCUGAUUCUGAUUUCUUCUGUUUUUGUGUAUAUCUCAUACUAAAUUGUUGCAGAAAUUAAAACAAAAUCUCAGAUAAAACAAAGGUGACCUGAGUAAACACAGAAUACAGUUUUUAAAUGUUAACUUUUUUGCUUCAAUAAAUAACAUUAUCCAAUACAAACUGGGCCUGUUGUUAUGACCCAGUCUAGGGUUAGGUCGCACAGCGUAAAUAAAGGCGUGUGUGUGUGUGUGUGUGUGUGUGUGUGUGUAUAUAAUAUAUAGAGUGGUAUUUACAGGGUAUAUACACGUGCUGUACACCACAGAUAAACGAGGGAAAACUUCAGGGUGGACCAAGGCCAAAACAACAAACAAAAACCGCUGUUUAAGGGAAACUAACUUAACUAAAAAGAAAAACAUAAACGAAAGACAAUUAGCUUCCCUAUACUCCCUUACUGAAAACAGAGACAAAAACCCAAACCCAACAGAAAUGGAAGUCGCACCCCUACUACCAUGAAUAUAUACACGGUUUGAUAUUUACAAAAAUGCAGCAAUGUGAUUAUACAAUCUAAACAGCAAACAGACAUCAAAGGGCAGAUCAAGCUCAGAGUCAGGACAGGCACAGUUCAAAAACCAAAUAUCACAAGGGAAAUGCGGAGCAGACUCACAAGCACAAUUCAAAGGCAAUACAAGUGAGCAUCGGCAAAACGAAGCUGAUAGCACUGGCUUCCGUCGCCGUUAAAUACUGUCGCCCAUUGAUGUCAUCUUUGGCGCAGAAGCAGCACACAAAGCUGAGGGAUCAGCAUCCAAAGCAGAGCAGGAAGGCCCUUACUGGAGUCAGAAACAGCUCGACCUGCACCGAUUCAACACACUAAAACAUACCUGCGGAAUAUCGUGGGUUAUAACACUGUGUGAAAAUGUAUUUGUCCCCAUAGUUACUAAUACCCCAAAUCUAUGAAACUGCAUUCAUAAUGUGGUUCAGCUGGAUUAGAUGCUAACUAAUCAACACUUAAAUAGAACUUUAACCAUAUCCAUGCUGUUGAAAAAAGGUCUUAUCCAGUAACACACUAUGCCAAAAUUGAAAGAAAUUCCAGAAAUGAUGAGGAAGAAGGUGAUUGAAAUACAUCAACCUGAGAAGGGUUACAAAGCUAUUUCAAAGGCUUCUCUCCAAAGAAUCACAGUGAGAGCCAUUAUCUCCAAAUGGAAAAACUCAUCACAGUUAUGAACCUUCCCAGAAGUUGCUGAUCUUCCAAAAUUCCUCCAAGAGCACAGCAACUACUCAUCCAGGAAGAGACAAAAAAUGGACAACAUCAAAGGAACUGCAGGCCUCUCCUGCAUCAAUAAAGGUCACUGUUCAUGACUCCACUAUCAGAAAGACACUGGGCAAAAAUGGCAUCCAUGGAAGAGUGGUGAGGUGAAAACCACUUCUAACCCAGAAGAACAUAAAAGCUCAUCUGAAUUUUGCCAAAACACUCCUCAAACCUUUUGGGAGAAUGUUCUGUGGACUGAUGAGUCGAAAGUGGAACUGUUUGGAAGACAGGAAUCCCGUUACAUCUGGCGUAAACCAAACACAGAAUUCCACAAAAAGAACAUCAUACCUACGGUUACACAUGGUGGUGGAAGUGUGAUGGUGUGGGGAUGCUCUGCUGCUUCAGGGCCUGGGCAACUCACAAUAAUUGAGGGGAAACAUGAAUUCUGUUCUCUACCAGAAAAUCCUAAAGGAGAAUGUCCUGUCUUCAGUUUGUAAGUUGAAACUUGAGCAGAACUGGAUUAUGCAGCAAGACAAUGAUCCAAAGCACAGGAGGAAGUCCAUCUCUGAAUGGUUAAAAAAAACAACCAAAAUUAGGGCUGCAACUAACAAUUAUUUUCAUAAUCGAUUAGUUGGCCAAUUAAAAAAAAUAUAUAUUAUUAUUUUUUUCUCAAUUAAUCG